AUGAGAAGCUUGCAGGCCAAUUUUGAUAACCUGGUUAAUAUGCUAUCAGAAUUGUACUUUCCUGUAUCUGUAACAGGAGAAACUGAGACAAAGCUUAAGAAUGACCGAGAAAUUAUGCUAAAUAUUAACAUCACAGCUUACAGUUUCUUGUUCCAACCAAGCUAUACCAAUGCAGGAGAUGUUGGCUUCUACAUAAAGAAUAAUCUUGGAUACAUUCAUAGGUCGGAUCUCUCAGCCUUAGGUCAAAAUGAUUAUGAAUCACUAUGGAUCGAAAUUCAAAAUGAUACAGGGCACAACACCAUUUGUGGGGUUUUCUAUAGGCACCCCCAUGGUAGUUUGGAUAACUUCCUAAAUCACCUUAACAUGAUAGCUGAUAAGAUUCAACGUCAAAAGAAAUACUGUGUUUUGUAA